AUGGCCAUAUCUAUCCGGAUAUUCGUCUCUCUUUCGCUCUCACUACUUAUCGUUACGUCUGUAGUUGAACCUGUUCAAGCUCGUAUUGGAGGAAAGCUGCAACGACCUCGAAAUAGCCGACGAAACAACAAGAAAUCAGUGAAAGGAAGGCAGAGCUCUCGUGUGCUAAAAGAACUGGUAGGAGUAGGAGCAGAUCCUACUGUCUUGUUAGAUCUUUGCGAAGGAGACUGUGACUCUGAUGUUGAAUGCAAAGGUGAUUUGGUUUGCUUUCAAAGAGGUCCAGGAACCAAGGUUCCAGGAUGCAUUGGUGGUGAAACGGAAAUGUCGCAAUCAGAUUUUUGCAUCUUGCCGGAGACUGAGGCACCUGUAGCGCCAACUGUAAGCCCGACAAAGGCUCCCACGGUAUCUCCCACCAAAUCACCCACAAAAGCACCCGUCCCUCGUACACCAAGGCCCACAAGAGCUCCUACACCAGUACCAGAUCCUGACUAUCAAUUUGAUGUUGAUGGAGUGGUAAACGACAAGCCCUUGUCUUACGUUGGAAAUGGCGAUGAACUCGAUGGAAUUAUCUUACAGCAAUGUGAAGCGGACUGUGACUCAGAUGAUGAUUGUGCGCGCGGUUUGGUAUGUUAUCAGCGAGAACCCGGCCAGCCUGUUCCUGGGUGCAUUGGAGAGGACGCGAGUCGCAAUGAUUACUGCAUUGUGCCACAGGAAGAAGGUCCAACUGUCUCGCCAACGGAAAAUCCCACUGCCACGCCAACAAUGAGCAUGACGUAUGCGGAUACGACCAUGAUCCCAACGACUGGAGCAACCACGGCCUCCACGUUGCCAACAAAGGAUAUAACUAUCAAGACCACAUUUGCAAUGUCGUAUUAUACUGGUGAGCCCAAUGAUGUGGAUCGAGACCUCACCCCAGCAGAGUACGACGAACUCGCAGAACUAUUGGAUGAAUUUUUUACAACAGAAUUUGAAGAUGAUGCUGUGUUCACCGUUGACUUUGUUUCGUAUGAGACUGAUAUCACUUCCAAGGACUACGUGGCUGGUGGAAAACCCCAUGUCACUAUUGAAUUCGAUGCCAACUUUUCUUUUGACAAUGGGGCCGCUAUCACAGAAGCAGAGGUUUUGGAAAAGAUCAUCAGUCUCGACUACAACUCGUUCAUUACGGACUAUCUGCAUCGAGUCCCCCCUGACAACCAGCUGGACAAUGUCGAAGUGGUGGGAAUCAGUGCAGCAACUCCUACCCUGGAUGCCGCAGUGGAACCCACAGCGGCCCCGUCCCCAGCACCGACAGUCGAAGAGACAGAAACCCCGACAGAGUCAACAACCACACCAACGACAACCCCAACAACCCCACCCACAGAAAGCCCAACAACGACAACUACAGAGACACCAACAGCAAGCCCUACAGCGGCACCUACAGCGACAACUACAGCGACACCCACAGGGACACCAAUAGCGACACCAACAGCAAGCCCUACAGCGGCACCAAGUAGCAUGGCUACGGAAAUUCCUGUUACCGAUGUUCCGGUCACGGAAAUUCCUGUCACCGAUGUUCCAGCCACGGAAGUGCCUGACACACCAUCGCCUACAACGCCCAUGCCGCCACCCACUCAGAGCCCUACUGGAUCACCAGUCGCAGGGCUAGACGAGGGCCCAAUUCUCGCUAUUGUGGGCAACAACGGUAUUUUCAGCGUGUUUCCACUUCCUCAAUGCGCUGGAGACUGUGAUACCAACGAUGACUGCGAAGAUGGUCUCAUUUGCUAUCAGCGACGAGGUGAGGAGGCAGUCCCAGGUUGCAUAUUCGCGGGCACUGGUGCCUUCUACCCGGGGAUUGAUUUCUGCGUGCAACCUUCCGAUGUAACAGUAGCCCCGGUGACACCUGCUCCAACGGCGGCGCCAAGUUUGGCGGGAGCAGACGACGGCAUUGACAGCCCUACUAGUGCUCCCACCGCAGCCCCUACGGCAGAGGAGAUUGGAACUGGAACGCCUACGAUUGCGAGCACAGAAGCAAACGAUGGCAGCGACAGCCCCGUUAGCGCUGGCAGCGACAGCCCCGUUAGCGCUCCCACCCCAGCCCCUAGUGCGGCAGAAGCGGAUGACAGCACCGACAGCCCUACUAGUGCUCCCACCGCAGCCCCUACGGCAGAGGAGAUUGCAACUGGAACUCCCACUGCAGUAGCGGAUGACGGCAUCGACAGCUCUCCUACAAGCCAUCCCACCGCAGCCCCUACGGUAGAGGAGAUUGCAACUGGAACUCCCACAAUUGGGAGCACAGAAGCAGAUGACAGCACCGACAGCCCAGUUAGCGCUCCCACCCCGGUCCCUACGGAUAGCCCGACGUCUGCUCCCAUUGGUGGCUCUGCUACCGUCCCCCCUAGCCCAACCGCAAUGCCCGUCGAGGCAACAAAUGAGCCAACGAUGGCACCCACAGAAUCUGAUGGAGUAGCAGUUACAUCAUCUCCCACAGAGACUGUCGGGGGAGUGCAAACGGAAGUACCAGUGACCUCAUCGCCUUCCGCCUCGUUGCCGGGAGGUGACGUCGAUGAGUUUGGGUGCGUUUCAUCUGCAGGCUUCGUUUGGUGCCCAGAGCUAGAAGAGUGUAUCCAGCCCUUCGCUGAUGAAUGCCCUGUGGACGGGGAACCGUUCGUAGGUCGCAUUGGUCUAGAUUGUGAUCUGUCGAUGAGAUGCAGUCUCAGUGAUGGUUGUGUUGUUGAUCUGGGAACCUUCACCGUGGGCGGUCCCUAUGUGACAGGCCUAAAUGGCCCCUUUGACCUACCCGACGGUUGCAGCGCCAACUGCACUGGUUGCUCGGUAGAUAUGCCUCCACCAGGCCCUGUUGACCAGCUAGAUGCACCAACAGCUGCACCCACAGCAGCAGUAACAUCCCCAGCUAACGUCCUCCCUUUUCUCCAGCUUGUUUCGAAUACCAAUGAUCGUACGCGUCUUCAGAUGUGCCAAGGAGACUGCGACGUCGACGCUGAUUGCGCAGAAGGCCUCGUUUGCUUUCAGCGAAUGGACCGGGAAGCUGUCGAAGGAUGUCAGGGAUCAGGGGUUUUCGGUGCGGAUUAUUGCAUUGCAGGCACGUCCGCGCCAACUACAACCACAGACGAUUCUCCACCCGGUGAAGCCCCAACCAUGGCUCCGACUGUCGCGGUGACUGAGGCAACCACAGAUGCCCCAAUAGGCAUGGACAUUCCAGGUGACGAUGCGGAGACAUCAAGCCCCACUGAUGCACCAACGGUAUCACCCACAGCCGCGCCAACAACAACAGUAGCUGCAGUUGAUGAAACACCAACCAUUUCACCAACAGCAGCAGCGACUGAGGCAACCACAGAUGCUCCAGUAGGCAUGGACAUUCCAGGUGACGAUGUCGAGACAUCAAGCCCCACGGAUGCACCAACGGUAUCACCCACAGCAGCUCCAACAACAACAGUAGCUGCAGUUGAUGAAACACCAACCAUUUCACCAACAGCAGCAGCGACUGAAGCAACUACAGAUGCUCCAGUAGGCAUGGACAUUCCAGGUGACGAUGUCGAGACAUCAAGCCCCACUGAUGCACCAACGGUAUCACCCACAGCUGUGCCAACAACAACAGUAGCUGCAGUUGAUGAAACACCAACCAUUUCACCAACAGCAGCAGCGACUGAGGCAACCACAGAUGCUCCAGUAGGCAUGGGCAUUCCAGGUGACAAUGCGGAGACAUCAAGCCCCACUGAUGCACCAACGGUAUCACCCACUGCCGCGCCAACAACAACAGUAGCAAUAGUAGCUGCAGUUGAUGAAACACCAACCAUUUCACCAACAGCAGCAGCAACAGAGGCCACAGAAGAAACAGGAUCUCCCACAGCCUCGCCGACAACAACAACAGUGGAAGAGACAGGAUCACCAACUGAUGGCUCCACAGCAGGUGGGACAGUAGGUGCUGAUGAUGUCGCUACUGAUGCGCCAACAACAAUGUAA